AUGCCGCCACCAAAUCCCUUCACGUACACAUCCUUGCCAAAUGCCGAUACUUGGAUGAGGCUUCUGCUGCUGCUCCUAGCUACUAAUGGGGACGCGGCAAGUCCCUUGUACGGGGAGCUAAAUCCUUGCGCUAGAGACACAGCACCGCCAUACAACCCCAUCUCGUAUUGCUGGGGCGACACGACAGACUCCUCAAUAUUGAACAUCAGGCAUGACGGAGAGACUGAGUGGUCUCAAUUGCCUAUCCGAUCCAAUCUGGCAGAACUGCUGCGGGAGCUGCGGGGCUCUCUGAGCGGUAAGCCCAUCAGGGUUGAUGCCAUCUGCAUCAACCAAAGCGACGAGAUUACGGAGAAGGGUCACCAAGUUCGAAACAUGGACAAAGUCUAUCGCGGGCGCGAUGUCAUCAUUUGGCUUGGCCAAGCCGACGAAAGCAGCAAUCAUGUCAUGGACCUUCUCGACAAAGUGUGUUUAAUAAAGGCAUCUGCCUCGAUAACAGCCAUGGACUCUUCGCAUGGCUUUCAGCAAGACCAAGCACAAGAUGUGGGUAGCGCAUCCAUGGAGCAGCUUUUCGCCGAGCUGCAGCCGAACGGAUACAAAGCCUUGUACGAGUUCGUAUCACGGCCGUGGUUCUCACGACGCUGGAUCGUUCAAUUAUAUGUUCUAUCAGGAACCGCGAUGAUCUGGGUCGACAACCGGAAACAGGACUUCGAAGCCCUGCAACUGGUAUAUAGAGCUCUUCGUCCAAAGUUAGUACAGCACCGAGAUGGCAAAGGCUGGAAAAUCACCUGCAACUUUGACCCGGAUCAUCCGCACCACAUGCCGUCAGAAGAGAUUGAUCCGCUUAAACGCUUCCACCGCUUGCUCUGGACACACGACACAGUCCUGAGCCACAACACUGACGGCCUGACGCUCGAGAGGCUGCUCGACAACUUCGCCGGGUUCUUCUCGGCUGAUCCGCGUGAUGGUAUCUACGCGUUUCUGUCUCUUGCAAGCGACAUCGACCCUCUGUUGUGGCUGCCUGAGUAUUCUAAAGUCGCCGACGUUGUGAACAUCUACAGAACUGCCGUGUUCCACAUAGUCGAGCAGAGUGGUUGUCUUGAUGUGGUGUGCCGGAGCAACCAUGCAUUUGCUGGGAGUGUCCACACGGAGGAUCGCUCAACCUGGGUCCCUUGGUUUGGGCCACAGAGAAUCACGUAG